AAAAAUUAGUUUUAAAAAUAAUUGUAACAUUUAUUUUAGUAUCAAUCACUGCUUUGAGAAUGAGGGCUAUACUGUUAACCCUGGUUAUUAUUGCUGCAAUUAUUUGCUCCAUUGACGCUCAGUAUCAACGGGACGGCCUAUUAGGUCGGGUGCGACCACUGAUCCGCGAAUACGAGUCCCAUUGGGGUCGACACCAAAAGACUAACCGCCAACUGGCCGCCCGACUCGACCAGGAGUUACGACUCAUCCGUGAGCUGGAAAGGGAGCUCUCGAGGGCCAGUCGUACGCUCGACCAACAGCGCUACCGGGCCUACGAGCAGAGGUAUUUCAGACACCAGAGCCGGUUG